AUGUCGAAGCCUACAGCUACAUUUGCCAGUCGAGCACGAGCUACAUCCUGUGCAGCUCCUUACUCUUCGACGAUAUACCCAGCAUUGGGUGCAGGUGCAGGUGCAUGCCGAUGCUAUACUAGUCCUCGCCCUGGCCGAUGGUUCAGUCAAGUCACACGAAAACCGCUUGCGCGCUUGCACGAAUCGCAUCAUCGCGAAUUAGACACUGUUUUCUUUUCUCGUGUGGCGCCGUCUCCAUCGAGGAUCAGCAAUAAAGACAGCAAUGAAAGGGUCUUCAAUAAAGGGUUCGGAGGUUCAGAACCGGGAAUAAUUGGCGGUGGUGGUCCCGAUCACAAGCCGCCGGAUGAGCGGGUUUUGAAGUUAGGACAGACUUUAAGGAAACUCUCGCCACUCCUGCCAACCAUCCUAAUCAACCCACUGCCAACUGACCUUCUUUCGCCUCAAAUAACGCUCCAUCUAUUCCCCUCGACACACCCGCAUCUGCCCAACGUCAAAGGUCGAGUGCUCUACCGUGCAGCACUGUGGACUGUGCCCGUUGCAUGGAGCAGCUUGCCGCUACUAGGAGAUGUCAAACUUCAAAUCCUGAGUGAGCGCAUGGUCCGCGCGGACUCUGUGCUUGGAUGCGAGCAUUCUGCCGACUGUGGUGAGGAGAGAUUAGUUGUCCGGUGGAGGACGGAGCCGCGGGGAGACAGCAAUAAUAAUAACACCACCACCACCACCAAUAACAUACUUUCCACAUCAAAUAACAACCAUACCCAACCAAGCACCACCAAAAGCAAAAGUUUCAGCACCCUCCUGGGCGGCGAUACGCCCAUCUUCUCCCCCGGCAAGGAAGGGCAUUUUGAGGGUCUCUUUAUCUUCGCAUUUGACGAGCAGGGCCGUAUCGCAGGCCACACCAUUGAGCAUGCCGAUCAGGCGAAUGGAUGGGACCGGACGUCGAAAUUUGUCACAUUGACGGAUUGGUUGUUGGGCAAGGCCAGGGAGACGCUGACGGAGCAGCCUGCGCUGGCUGCUCAGGCUCAUCAUGUCUAUGCUCAUGCUCAGCAUUAUGAUCGACGGACGGCUUUGGCUUUGAGGAAGACGUCUUCUAGCCAGCAUAUUGGGACUGGGAGUUAA